AUGCUGGUGUUGAUGCUAGUCGCCAUAGCGUCCUUGGGGCUCUGCUCGCGGGCUGGAGCUCAGCCGCUGUGCCGGGUUCGCACAGUGAGGACAGGAAAGACACUUAAAGAUGGCUAUCAAACUCCAAGGAAUGUCCUGUAUUCUUCAUCUGCGACAACACGCUUGAUUAAACAUCCUUGCAACAAAAACUUAGCCCUGUUUCUAGGACGACAACUUUUUUUCACGAAAGAGAACUUUGAGGGUAGUCUUUCUCCAUUGUCCAUCCCUCCAUCAAUGCAGGUUGGCAAACCAGAAGUAACAUCAGCACAUUUUGCUGAUCUUUCAUUGUUGUUAGUAGUGAAUAAAAAAGUCUAUGUUUAUAAUAUUAAAAAUCGUAUCUGGACUGCAUCAACAGGCAUAGAACACCCUGUUUCACAUAUUUCUGGUGACAACUGUUGCUAUGGUAUGCAUUUCACUUGCUCGGAUAUAAAUAAAUACGUUUUUGCCUAUUUGCAUGGAGAUAAGAUAUCUGAGGCCAAUGUAUAUUUCUCAUAUAACUGGGGAUACACAUUUGUGAAGUAUCGCAUUUUACAAGGACAGGCACUACCCGUUGGGUCUUUGGGUGGGGUCUUCAACCUUUACUCCUUGUCACAGAUUGGGAUUCUUCUCAUCAAUCAACAGAAGGCCAAGUUUGAGUACUCGGAAUACCCUCUGAACCACAGUUUUGGGCUGCCCUUUGACUACAAUAGCACUCUCGAUGUCAUCAUCGCCCCCCGCCAGAAAGGCAUUCUGAUCUUCUGGUCUGAGAAGAGCCUGCUAGUGUCCCGAAAUUCAGGUCAGCUCGUCUACCCUGUCCAGGUGCAAGAAAAACCUGGCACCUUGUAUUCUUCCGUCUUUGAUGCCGGCAUCACCAUCCACGCUGUGGCUGCAAAUGAGAACGAACUGGCAGUUUUAACUCGGGAGGAUAAUGUGUAUUAUGGCAGCCUGGGAAUCCUGACAAAUUUCAUAAUCAAAUUACCGCACCAAAGCAUCUGGUCCCAACAGGCAGCCAUGAUGUUCAGUGCCCUGGGGAUACUUGAAAUCGUGACCCCAAUUCCUGACUCGGAGUUUCCAGCUUUUGAUUUCCUGAAGUGCUUGGUGAAUAUCCAGGCAGUUCUCAUGGACCCUCAACUCAAAGUUGACGUCUGCAAAGUAGAAGUACUGGAAGGAGACUUUGACGACAAAAUAUAUACCAUUGAUAUGAACAGCGAAUUGAAGUUGACCGCCGUGAUGAUACCCCGGCCAGGCACAUCCCCUGUCCCACUCGCCAUGGUGAGCAAUCCCCACUCUUUGGGGCUUAAUGUCUUCAACCAAGAAGAUGACUACACCUAUGAUGGGAACACCAAGCACAGGCUGAACAUUUCCCUGAAGCAGCAGCACUUCUGGGGCAGGGCUGACCCCAACUUCACCUCCAGCAUAAAGAAACCCACAAUGUCCACCAUCACUGUGGAUAUAGUCAACAAGGAAAUUUCGUGCGUGGACCUCCAGCCACUGACAGCACUCAUUUCCAUUGGCUGUGACUUGAAGAAAAAGAUCGUUGUUCAGAAGGAAAUCUCAGCCUGUUACAAAGGUUACCUUGACCCUGUGGCCCUUCAGGACAAUUACAGCUACGUCAUCGAGAAGGAAGCCUACGACCGCAGCUUCCUGGGCCAGAGGGCCACCAAGGACCUGCUGGUGCACUACCCUUACGAGAAGCUGGGCUGUCCCCUCCUUCUCCACUACGACAGGCCCUGGAAGCCCGUGGUGGAACUGUGGCGGGAAGGAAAGUUCCAGGAGGUUGUGAAUGCCGAGUACGUCAUGCUGGAGGUGAACGGGCUGUUCACGUACACGUACUCCCUGACGGCGGACUCCGCCAUCUGCAUCUCCCAGCCGCAGAACUGGACCACCAUCCGGAGGAAAGCCAGGGGGCGGCCCUUCGCCUGGGACCGAGAGAACUACAUGAGCUGCCACCAAUACAUCAAAGACUCUCCCUUGCGAUGGCCAAAUGUCCCAUAUCAGAUCAUGGGAGGUCCAACAGACAACAAGAUAAUUUUCGAACAAAGAAAUGGCAUCUAUGUCUUCCUCAUUUCUAUCGUGGAUCCAUACUACAGCUACUGUCACCUGACAACCAUCUUCAGCGUCUACGUGUACGGGGCCUUCCCACUGCCCUUCUUCUGGCCUGAGAUCACCAUUUUCCUGCUCAUGGCUUCCAUCCUGCUGUCUGUGUGGCUGGCCUACAUGAUCCCCAAACAGCUGCACCCGGAGGAGGGCCGCAGGCUGAGAGGGUACUGGGUCAGUCUGUGCAACAGGUGCAGAAGGUCUUGUGAAUAUUUCCAAUGUAGGCACUAA